AACAUUUUUUUUGACAUUUUUACUCUCAUCGCAAUUUCAUCACAUCCAUUAAAUUCUCAAAAGUAACUUUUUAAAAAUGGCACACGUACGAAAAUCGUCAACGCGUGAUAAGCUCCUAAAAGAUGAUUUAAUGGAUCGAUUUCAUGCACCAAACAGAAAAGUUUGUGAUAUCAUAAAAAUCCAAAAAGAAGACAAAUUAGAUCCAUUCUAUAUUUACCGUCCACCACCAAGAAAAUAUCUUGAUUAUUCAAUUUCCCAAACGUACACAAAAAUGGAUGCCGGCCCUACAAAGAUCCAUUACUCGGAAAUUCACGCGACUUAUAUCCCAUUUCCGGAUGAUUACGUUCCUCCGCCUCCCGGAAGACACGCUCAACACGGACGCGGUCCGGUGUGGCUUUUCUGGGACGAACUGUAUAAAAUAAAAGUAGAGAAACGUCAGGCGAAAUAUAGGAUAGCAAUGGAAGAACGUUUAAAGAGGAAAGCUGCGAUUGCAAGAGCUGAAAAAAUCAGAAAACGAAAAUUAAAAAGGAAAAAGGCGAAACAAGAGAUUGGUAAACACGGGAUGAAAUGA